CUUCAACUUCAAUUGGUGAGAGCGGCUUAUUCGGCAAUCGACAACUUGGCAUAUAUGCUCGGCAAGCAAAGACUCAACUUGUAUCUGGUCGUGAUGCAAGGUGUAAGCUAACUGGCUCGGCAUUGUGGCGGUGCUCGCAGAGCUAGACCCAACCAAGGUAAAAUCGAGCUGGGGUUUCUCGGCGGGAGAACACCUCAGUCUUGAAUCGGUUUUCAGGGGACUGGUGCCUGGUUUUCAGGAGGUUUUACUGUUUACAGUGGUCCUCCCAGAUUGUGGGGAUGCGCUACCGUCACGCUAGAAGCCAGGAGAGACAUGCCGACUGUCCGAGACGGAAACGAACACGUUGAGCUUUUUGAUCAUGGAGAAGCACCUCGACUUGAGAACUUCCAACGCAAGACGGAAGCGGAAAAGUUGUCAGUCUCGCAACUCAGACUCUGACUACCUAGUUUUAGUAUCUCUUAGUCCGAUGAAGCAGGUUUCACAGCAGCAGACUCCACCAUUAGUCAGAAUAAAAUCUAUACUGCAAGGUUGGAGGUUGCCACGUGCGUGGGCCCUUUCAUCGGCUUGCCUCUCUAGUCUUGACAAAUCUACCCUUACUGUAAACUGUUCCAUGACAGGAUUGGAAACCGGCGAUUACUAUAGUUUAUUGCCUCCGUGUCUUUUAUCUUUCUCUCAUACACUUUCUUUUUCUGGUACACGUGUUGUCAUUUUCUUUCUGACGUCUGCAUUACCCUCCAUUCCUUGCUUCAAGGUUAACGAGACCCUUUCUCUCUUUUUUCGCAAAUCGUCUCGCUGUCAACUUCUCGGUAUACAAACUUGAUUCAGCUUCGUUCCGAGCGCUCGCGUUGCGCAUCGCCUUCACCAUGGAGAGCGCGUUCGCGAAACCAGUUGGCGAUGUCCUCACCAACUUCAACGUCAACGAGGCUACAGGCUUGAGCGACUCUCAGGUCACCGAGCUACGUAACAAACAUGGGCGCAACUCUAUUCCUGAGGAGCCUCCUACUCCUCUGUGGGAGCUUAUCCUAGAGCAAUUCAAGGACCAGCUAGUUCUCAUCCUUCUUGGUUCCGCCGCUGUCUCUUUCGUUCUGGCACUUUUCGACGAUGAAGAGGGCUGGAGUGCUUUCGUUGACCCAGUCGUCAUUCUCACCAUUCUCAUUCUCAACGGUGUCGUCGGAGUCUCCCAGGAAAGCAGCGCCGAGAAGGCCAUCGCCGCCUUACAAGAAUACUCAGCAAACGAAGCAAAUGUGGUGCGAAAUGGUGGUCAUGUUUCACGAGUCAAGGCCGAAGAGCUAGUCCCCGGUGACAUUGUCACAGUCUCCAUUGGUGAUCGUAUUCCUGCCGAUUGUCGAGUCAUCUCUAUCGAGAGCAACAGUUUCUCUGUCGACCAGGCAGUUCUCACUGGAGAGAGCGAGAGCGUCGGCAAGCGCGCCUCUACCGUUAUCGAAGAUGAGAAAGCCGUUCUACAGGACCAGACCAACAUGUUGUUCUCUGGAACAACUGUUGUAACAGGUCGCGCCCGGGCAAUUGUUGUUCUCACAGGCCCUAACACCGCUAUCGGAGAUAUCCACGAAAGCAUUACUGCCCAGAUCUCGGAACCCACGCCCCUGAAGCAGAAGCUCAACGACUUCGGCGACAGUCUAGCCAAGGUUAUCACUGUGAUUUGCAUCCUGGUUUGGCUCAUCAACAUUCCCAACUUCAAUGAUCCUAGCCACGGCAACUGGACCAAGGGCGCCAUUUACUACCUCAAGAUUGCCGUCUCCCUUGGUGUUGCUGCGAUUCCUGAGGGUCUGGCAGUUGUUAUCACUACCUGCUUGGCUCUUGGAACGAGAAAGAUGGCUGCUAAGAACGCUGUCGUCCGAAGCCUCCCUUCUGUUGAGACCCUUGGAAGCUGCAGCGUCAUCUGCUCUGACAAGACCGGUACUCUGACCACCAACCAGAUGAGCGUUAGCAAGGUUCUGCAUCUCAACGAAGACGGCAGCGGUCUCGAUGAGCUCGACGUUGAGGGCACUACCUUCGCACCCCGCGGAGCCAUCAAGUCAAACGGUGUUGUCGUUCAGGACCUCCCCAACUCUUCUGCUACCAUCCGCCAAAUGGCACAGGUAGCUGCCAUUUGCAAUGACGCCCAGCUUGCCUAUGAUUCUCGAUCUGCCACUUUCUCCAGCAUUGGUGAACCAACUGAGGGUGCUCUUCGAGUCUUGGUUGAGAAGAUUGGACCUUGUGCCCCUACCGAUACCCGCCCUGAAGAUUGUGUCCAUUAUGCCAGCGCAGCCUACCAGAAGGAACUGCCUCGCCUGGCUACGUACGAGUUCUCCCGUGAUCGCAAGAGCAUGUCUGUCUUGGUUGGUAAGGGUAAUGAUAAGAAACUCCUGGUCAAGGGCGCUCCCGAAUCAGUUAUCGAUCGCUGCACACAGACUCUCGUUGGCUCCAAUGGCAAGAAGGUUGCACUUACCAAGAAGAUUGCAGACCGCCUGAUGAGCGAGAUUGUACGAUAUGGUAACAACGGUCUUCGAGUCAUCGCUCUCGCCAGCAUCGACAAGGUGGCCGAGAACCCUCUUCUGCACACUGCUUCUUCUACCGAACAAUAUGCCCAGCUUGAACAGAACAUGACUUUCCUUGGCCUCGUCUGCAUGCUUGAUCCUCCCAGAGAGGAGGUUCCUGGCGCUGUACAGAAGUGCAAGGAUGCUGGUAUUCGUGUCAUCGUCAUCACUGGAGACAACCGUAACACCGCUGAAAGCAUUUGCCGCCAGAUUGGUGUUUUCGGUCAGCAUGAGGAUCUUACUGGAAAGAGCUACACCGGCCGUGAGUUUGACCAGUUGUCCCCUAGCGAGCAACUUGAAGCUGCUAAGCGUGCCUCUCUGUUCUCCCGUGUUGAACCCAGCCACAAAUCUCGACUGGUCGAUCUACUUCAAUCUCUUGGCGAAGUUGUUGCUAUGACUGGCGAUGGUGUCAACGAUGCCCCUGCUCUGAAGAAGGCCGAUAUCGGUGUUGCGAUGGGCUCAGGAACUGAUGUCUCCAAGCUGGCUGCCGACAUGGUUCUUGCGGACAGCAACUUUGCCACUAUCGAGGUAGCCAUCGAGGAGGGUCGUUCCAUUUACAACAACACUCAGCAGUUCAUCCGGUAUCUGAUCUCGUCCAAUAUUGGUGAGGUCGUCUCGAUUUUCCUGACGGCUGCUCUUGGUAUGCCCGAGGCUCUCGUUCCAGUUCAACUUCUUUGGGUCAACCUCGUCACCGAUGGUCUGCCUGCCACCGCUCUGUCUUUCAACCCCCCUGACCACGACAUCAUGAAGCGUCGUCCUCGCAAGAGGGAUGAAGCUCUGAUUGGCGGAUGGCUCUUCUUCCGGUAUCUCGUCAUUGGUACCUAUGUUGGUCUUGCUACGGUUGCUGGCUAUGCUUGGUGGUUCAUGUAUAACCCGGAGGGUCCUCAGAUCACUUUCCGCCAACUCACACGCUUCCACCACUGCUCAGCUGAUUUCCCCGAAAUUGGCUGCUCCAUGUUCUCCAACGACAUGGCCAAGGCAGCUUCAACGGUCUCAUUGUCUAUCCUGGUUGUGAUUGAAAUGUUUAACGCCAUCAACGCGCUGUCAUCUAGCGAGUCUCUCCUCACUCUGCCCCUUUGGAAGAACAUGAUGCUCGUUUAUGCCAUCACUCUGUCCAUGGCCUUGCAUUUUGCUCUCGUCUAUAUUCCCUUCCUUCAAGGCCUGUUCUCCAUUGUGCCCCUGAACGCUUUGGAAUGGAAGGCAGUUGUUGCCAUCAGCGCCCCUGUUGUACUUCUCGACGAGAUACUCAAGGCCAUUGAGCGACAGUUCUUCAUGCAGACAACAACUGACAUUUCCCUUAAGACAAAGAAGGAACAAUAGAACUGUGUGGAUAGAUGGAUCGGCGAUGAAAAACUGGCGAAAUGUCAGCAUUGACUAGAAUCUACAUGUAUCAUAUUCUGACCAAUUCGGAGAGCUGCGAUUAGACCUAGACGGCCACAUUGGCCUCCGAUAUAACGAAAUCCAAAUUUCUGUUUCCAUGCCAUUCAGUAUACCAAGAAAGAAGUAUCUCAGUAAGCAAACAUCGGACAAGGGGCAUGAGCGGCUUUUAUAUUCUUGACGUAUUAUACAUGUAUAUAAAUAUCUAUUUGCUGGCUGUAUUUUCAAAUUCAGAUGUCAUGUUUCUUCGUGGAUCAGCUCAC